AUGCCUAAGACGUACUGCACUGUCAAUGAAAACUGCACAAACGCCGUGGAUGUGGCUGACGGUGAGAGGUGGCGGCUGUGUGAUGGUGAUGGCCCUGGGAGCUGCAACCCCAGGAAGGGUCGGCUCGAGGUGGAGUACCAGGGCGUCUGGGGCACUGUGUGUGAUGAUUCGUUUUACGGAGCCAUCGGUACCAUCAACAUGAACAUUGCUUGCAGAAUGUUCGGCUACAUGGGCGGAGCCGACUCACUAGCAGACGAUUACAACCGUGCCUAUUUCGGCGAGGGUGUGGGGACGAUCUGGCUGGACGAGGUGUAUUGCACGGGUACAGAGACACUGCUGUCCAGUUGCCAGAACAUGGGGUGGGGCAACAACGACUGCGGUCACUUAGAGGACCAGGGCAUUGUGUGCAAUUAA